GUGGGAGCGACGCGCUCUGCCUCUGCGCAGUGACUGGCGGCCAGGCCCGAGCAAUCGGCAGCCGAGCGGCCGAGCGGCGGGGGCGGGGAGGGCGCAGCGCCUCCUGCGGGCAAAGCGGUGGGUGCCCGCGCUGGUCCCGGGCCUGCAGGUUUACAGGGAACGUGUGUUGGUAAAACAAUCCUGAAUGUCUGUUGCAGGAAGAAGUGUCCAGCAGACGAGGUUUUGGUAUAGGAGUUCACAAAGAAAAUUGAAAUGUCGGGUUCCUCACCAUUUGGGAUGCGGGUGGUUCAUUUGGACCUUAAAGGAGCACCACCAAAGGUCUCGUACCUCUCGGAGCCCCUCUGAAAUCAGAGAAAUCCUGCACCUGGCCAGACAGAAUGAGCUAGAGGUGAUACCCUUGGUGCAGACAUUCGGGCACAUGGAGGUAUAAUGUGUGUGACAACCCCCCAGUCAGGGCACAGAGCAGCUCCUCUGCCCCUAAAAAACUCCUCAUGGUGCCCUUGGCAGCCACCCCUGCGGCCACAGUUCUAUUUUCUGUCGUGAUGGCUUUGUCUGUUGAGAAAUGUCACUUAAGUGGAAUCAUACAGCAUGUAGCCUUGAGGUGAUACUGUUCGUUGACGACUUUCUCCAUUGGUUCGCCUUCGCACCUUUGUCAGCCACGUUGGGGUUUGUUGUUGGUUGUUGAGCUGCCUGGAUUUAACCUGCAUGGUCUGUCUCCCUCUCUUUCUGUGCAACUGAUGUCUCUAACAGAUUUUGUUUAUUAGCCUGGCUUCCUAAGAGUCAGCCCUCUGUCUUCGUAGCUGGAGGGUCAACCAAGGUUUGGCCAAGGUUGUAUUUAGCGCCUUGAGCCUGGAAGUCCUCCACACUGGCCUGUAUGUGGGUCAGGACACUCAGAGUUCAGCCGUUUCUCAGGCUUUGCCAGCCCUCUCAGGCCUCCCCACACGUGUGUAUAUCCUAUCAGCCGGGGUGUGAGGAGAAUGGGAGUAACCCUCUGGGGCUCUCUCAUUUGCAGAGUCUCCCUAGUAAAUUUCUGUGGGGUCGCUGUUCACCCCAGUGGUGAUUGUGCCAUUGGGCUGGCAGAAUUUGUCCAGUUUUUAUCGUCAUCUCUGGGGAGAAGACUUAAAGACCUUUCACACCACCAUAGCCAGAAGUCUGCUCAGGCUGAAAUUUGAAUGUGAACAGAACCUGUCUUCUCACAGUGUUACCACUCCGCCCAGUUAGGGUAUAUAAGAUGGUGGCAGUAGUAAUAAUAUCAAACCAAAAACCAAACCCACUGCUGUCGAGUCGAUUCCAACUCAUAGCGACCCUAUAGGACAGAGUAGAGCUGCCCGAUAGAGUUUCCAAGGAGUGCCUGGUAGAUUUGAACUGCCGACAUCUUGGUUAGCAGCCAUAGCACCUAACCACUAUGCCACGAGGGUUUCCAGUAGUAAUAAUAGCGUCUUCAAAAUCUGUCUAACUUCGGGGGGGUUAAUGUGAAUCAAGAUCAGCUCCAGGCUGAUUCCCAUGACGUGCAGGUCAGACAGACUAAUUCUGACACUAGCCGUCCCUCCCACGGCACUCUCUACUUCUCUUCUGGGUUCGAUAAUCCAUUGCAGUGGUUGCGUAGAACUCACAGAGUGUACUUACAGUUAAGAGGUUUAUUAAGUAAUAGGCUACAAUGCAGGCCUCCUUUCAGUCCCAAGGUCAGACUCCUCUUGGCCCUGCUGUUUGUUGCCACUGGCUCUGCCAGUGGGCCCGGGCUUGUUACCAUCUUCAGUCACAGCCCCUGACGAGUUGCAGCUCUUUUAGGAGUUUUAGGAGUUUCCUUGCCUCUUUGUCUCUUCUCUCUCCAGCUUUUCUUCCUAUUUCUUUCUGUCUCAAAAAUCUCUGUGGUUCUGGAUGCUUUAAUACACUCCCUGUCAAUUUCAAGGCAUGGCAUUCCCACCGGGGCCACAAAUUAACCAAUCCCCUCUCAACAGGCCACAGACACAUCAUUUGCAUAGUAGGCUUUAACUCACCUCAUUUGCAUAGUCUACUGACCAAUCCAGGGCUGCAGACCUGCAGCCCAGGACCAGACAAAAAGUAUCAAACCCCAAAUUGUUUACAGCUUAUCCAGGGAAUGUAACAAACCCUCUAGGGCAGAAUACUACAGCAAAGGUAACUCCUCAGGGUUUAGGGGAAAAACCUCUCAAGCCGUUUCUCAAAGAAUCAAGACAAAAGGCCACAUAAAGGAACUCAUCUCAGCACAAGAUUGGAAGGUAAAAGAAAGGUCACUGACAAGCCAACUGGAUUACUCAGAACCCAGCUGGGAGCAGGUUCCGGAAGACACUGAGUUUGUGCUGAAGCACGACGCAUUCGCUCACCUCAGGGAAGUGGCAAUUUUCCCCAACACCCUGAACCCGCAUGAGGCAGAGUCGCUGGCACUGGUGGGAGCCAUGGUGGACCAGAUCAUGGAGCUGCACAGGGGAGUCCGGUGGCUGCACAUCGGUUGUGACGAGGUGUCUCGGGAGGAGGGGUCAGGCACAGGCCUACCAGGCAGGCUGUGGAAGAAGCAGACUCCAGAGGCCCCUGUGUGCCAGACAGGACCCCCCUCAGGAUGGACUGUCCUGGGCCCCACCCUGGCACAGCCAGUCCUCAGCAACGGCAAAUUCCGGCACGUGGGACCUGGCAGUGGACGUCUAUUACCUUGGGGAGGGGGAGUCCUCGAGGCAGUGGCUGCAACAGGAACACAACAGCAAAGCCAGACUCUGCCUGUCCCACGUGAGGGCAGUGGCCAGCCACGUGCUUGCCCGGCACCCCACCACGACACCCCUGCUGUGGGAUGACAUGCUGCGAGACAUGCCCGAGGACCUUCUCGAAGAGUCGGGUGUGCCACAGCUGGUGGAGCCAGUGCUCUGGGACUACGGGGCCGACCUGGAUGUCCAUGGCAAAGUCCUCCUUAUGGAAAAGUUCCGGAAGUGCGGCUUUCCCCGGCAGUGGGCUGCCAGUGCGUUCAAGGGGGCCACAGGGGCACACCAGGCGCUGACCCCCAUUGAGCAUCACCUCCGGAACCACCUGCAGUGGCUGCGGGUGGCGUGGGCCGGGCCGGCUGGGGCGCUGCAGGGCAUAGUGCUGACCGGCUGGCAGAGGUAUGAUCACUUCGCUGUGCUGUGCGAGCUGCUGCCUGUGGGAAUCCCAUCGCUGGCCAUCUGUCUGCAGUCGCUACUGCAAGGAGGCUUCAGUGAUGAGGUGAAGGACAGGGUGGAGAGCUGCCUUGGGGUUGCGAGUCUGGACAUAACUGACUUCACGAGGGAGGGCGCCGGCUCCUUCCCCGGUGGCGACAUCCUCGCCCUCGUCAUGCAGGUCAGUCUCUACCUGCGGAGCUCCGUGGGGGCCCUGCUGGACGGGAACAGGUAUGUGGCUGGCUGGUUCGGCCCCUACCACCGCAGGCGGAAGGUCAUCCACCCAGUCAUGGUGCAGCACAUCCAGCCCGGGGUGCUCAGCCUCCUGGCCCGGUGGGGCACCCUCGUGCAGGAGCUAGAGGCUGCCCUGAAGCGUGUCUUCUUCCCGGACGCCGUGGAGGAGUGGCUGGAGGAGAACGUGCACCCCAGCCUGCAGAGACUGCAGGGCCUGGCCCAGGACCUCAGUGAGGCUGCCGCCCCCUUCAGCCCCGCUGGCCAGCGCCCUGACCAGGCAGGGCCCCUGAGAACACACGGGGACCCCACCACCAGACAGGGCCCUGAGAACACAUGGGGACCCCCCACCCUCAUGCCCUGACAUGGAAGCACAGAGCCACAUGGCCAAAGCAGAACCUCCCCCCACUGUGUGCAGGGCCACCUGUGGAGCCCCUGGCAGCUGGGCCGGCUGGCACCUGGGAGCAGAAAUCAAAGGGGAAAACACAGGAAAAGGUGCCUCAGAAGCUGCGCUGUGAUCUGCACAGAUUGUUAGUGCUUUUGAACUAAAAAGGAGCGUGGAAGCUAAAAAACA